AUGGAACAUCUUGGUGGCGAAGCUCCCAGUCGUGAACAAGCUGAUGUCAAUGGAGGAAUUCAUCGAAAGACCAAAUUUCCUCAGGGUGUGAUGGUCUGGCUGGAUGCAUGUUAUGAUGGAAUUACACGUCCCAUUAUUAUUGAACAAGGGACAAUAAAUCAUCAGCGAUAUAUCAAUGAUAUUUUUCCUAUAGCAUUGAAGGAUGGUCGUAAACUGAUGGGUGAUCAAUUUACAUUCCAGCAGGAUAGCGCUCCUGCGCAUAAAGAUCAUCACACGCAAGCAUGGUGUAAAGAUCAUUUUUGGGACUUCUGGCAAGCAUCACGAUGGCCGCCAAAUUCUCCGGAUUUCAAUUAG